AUGUCCGCCCUCAGAGCCACUCGACGUCUUCUGACCGCGGCAGUUCCCGGUAGAACAUCCAGACCAUCAUCAUUAUCAUCGUCAUCAUCAUCAUUAAUACUAACCACUCAUAACCGUACCCGUCUCCUCCAUCUCAAAGACCGAACCACCCUCAGAACCUUCAACUCAACCGCCUCCCUUCAAAAAGUCACAAAACGUGAAGACUCACACGAAGAAAAAGACAAUCAACCAUCAAUUUCGUCCCAAUUCGAAAAAAAAUCCAAUACUAGAUCCACCGCUGCAAAAUCUCGCCUCCGUCAGGCCGCCAAUGUCGGUGACCGUAACAAAAACCCCACCGUGGGGUCCAACGACGACGGCAAACUCCCCGCACAAAUAUGUACCGCAUACUGCACUGCUGAAAAGUACAACCUUAUACAAUGUAAUUCUUUACUCAAGUCUGGAGGUUACGUUCCAGAUCCUCUAUCGACCGGUCUAGGAGAGGAGGUUAUCCAUCUACGACUCCCAUUGCCACCUCAGGCCUACAGACAGUUUCCGAAACUAGGUGCCGAUAGUUAUGGUGAUAUAUUUAUAUUCCCUUCCGGGAAUAUCGUGUCUUGGGGGAUCCCCGAAGCGGUCAUUACUGCUGUUGCAGCGUUGAUCAGACCCGCGGCGGAGAAUCCACAUUCGACCACAGAGACUGAGACGUUGGAAUUCGUGGAAGAUCCCAAUCGGCAUACUAGCUUCCUACGCGGAGAUAUCAUAAUGAUUGGCACGGGGAUUAAUAAAAAACUGGACGAUGAACAUCAUCAUCCACUUAUCAACAUCGGCAGCAUUGAUUCAAUCGGCACAACAUUAAAUGAGCGAAAAGUUGUAUGGCAAGAAGACGAAGAAGAAGGUUCACGGCAUCAGAAUACUCCUACAGUUCUUGCGAAAAUUGCGUUUUCGUCCGGAAUGGCGAGGUCGACGAAGUUGGCGGUUUUGGAAGAGAUGUUGGAGAAUUAUAUCGAGUCGACAUCAAUGAUACCUGAGUUGUUAAGCCAAGGAUCGCGACUACCAUUCACAAGAAGCUUUAUCCUUCGUAAAACAGGCGAAUUGUUGAGUUUCAGAGCCAGAUUGAAUCUCUACUCUGAAUUGACCGAUAACUUGCCGGAUAUAUUCUGGGAUUCGAGGAAAGAGCUUGGGUUGGAAGGUUAUUAUGAAAGCAUCGGAAGAGAAUUGGACGUCGGGGUUAGGAUUCGCAAGUUGAACGAAAAGCUUGAUUAUGCGAGCGAGAUGGCAGCUGUACUGAGAGAAAGGUUGAGCGAACGGCAUGGUUUAGUUUUGGAGUGGAUGAUCAUAAUCCUCAUUACAAUCGAAGUUGGUUUCGAGAUCCUACAUCUCUGGAAAGAUAGCAAAACGGAACAACGGUGGGAGGAAGAGAUGGCCCAAGAGUAUCCUCCCCAGCGACAAGGCUACCCUCCUCCUGCUCCUCCAUCACCCCAACAGCACCCGCAAUAUCCAGGAUACCCUCGGUACGACCACCAUCAACAUCAUUUACACCGACACCCACCAUACCAACAUCACCCAGGGUACCAAUCAUCUUAUCCUCCAAUACCACAAACCCCAUAUCAACAACAACUUAGUUAUCAUACGCCCCCCGCUAAUGAACCCUUAAGAAAAAUGGACGAUGUCGAUACAGCUAUAGCAUUAUUGGAUGUUAUAAUCUCAAGGAUUACUUCAGAGGAACGGGAGAGAGGAAGGAAGGAAAGACAAACGAAACAAGAAGAGGAUGAUGAGUAA